GUCCUGGGAAUAGGGUGGUGCCCAGUCUUUCUCCCGUCGACCACUGCGUUGACAUGUCUUUCGUGCUAAAUCGCUUCGGCACAUGACCUCAAAGUUAGUUAGUUGGCUAUUGCGGCUGAGUAUGUAGUAAGCACAAUUUUGUUAAGAAAAUCACAUACAUAAUCUCACAAAUGGAAUUUCUCUAUGCUCCGACCUAGACUUUACAACAAUUGGCGCCCAACGUGGGGCUGGGGUAUAAGGAAAAUAUUUCGAGCUGAAUUGUGAGAUUAAGCGAGUUGGAACGAAACGAAAUGUCCACGCAGGAAGACGAAGUUGAACGUCGCGCGGAAGCAGGAAGAAUCGAGAACGGAAAUAUGGAGAGACUGAAGAGAACUCGAGGUGGAAACAGAGCAGUAAUUACGAGGUUCGAGCGAGAAGCGACUUUGAUAAUACGAGAUCAUGGUGAUGCCCUUACCACGGAAAUCCUAGCGAAGCUGGAUUCGAUUUUGUCUGUUCUUCAGCAGAAAAGGAGGCUGUUGUGUAACUUGAACGAUGAAAUUUUGGCAAAAUGUCAUAUUGACGAAAUAGAGAAAGAAAUCGAAGAAUCAGCCGAGAUAGAUGUGAAGAUCGAGGAAAUUAUAUCGAGAAUUGGGGCUUGCAAAAGGGGUACUGUUGUUGGAGCUUUACACGGACUUGCUGAACCGACUGGAGUUUCUACACCGACACCCGCUAUUCGAAAUGAAUUGACGACCGAUGCAACGCCCUUCGCACCAGCAAAUGGACAGCUGAAUAGGAGUGGUAGCUCCUCACGUUCGGAAAAUAUUGGUGUAAAGCUGCCUAAAAUUAAUUUGCCUAAUUUUUCUGGCGAUGUGACGAAGUAUCAAGCCUUUUGGCAAAGCUUUCAGUGUGCUGUGCAUGAAAAUGAACAGAUAUCGGCGGUUCACAAAAUGAACUAUCUAAUGCGAUCACUUGAAGGAACUGCAUUUAAAGCCUUGGAGGGGCUGGCAAUUACCGAAGAGAACUAUGAGCAUGCUAUAAACAUUUUGCAGACAAGAUUUGGAAAUCCACAGCAAAUAAUUAGCGCUCACAUGCAGGCGCUGUUAAAUUUGCAAAGUUGUCCAAAAGAAACUGUGUCACAGAUACGAGCGAUAUACGACAAUAUCAAUGUGCACGUCCGCGGACUGGAGACGUUAGGCAUUUCAUCGGAACGAUAUGGCAGUUUGUUAGUGCCCGUGAUAAUGUCAAGAAUGCCGGCAGAAAUUACCUUGCAAGUGGCUCGAAAGACAUCAGAGCAAAUUUGGCGAAUAGACGAGAUUUUGGACAUCAUAAGGAAAGAAAUUGAGGCAAGGGAGAUAAGCCGAAAACUUGACACAAAGACCACUCGAAAAUCUGAGAGAACAAGCCUUACAGAAUAUCGAGGAACAACGAGAGCCUUCGCAGUUAUCAAAGAUGGAAAAAGGGAACGAAAGCUGCAGUGUUAUUUUUGUCAAGGGGAACACUAUGCAGAAAAGUGUAAGGUAGUUACAAGCAUCGAAGAAAGAAAAUCAAAGUUGAUUGAAGGAAAUCGUUGUUUCAAUUGUUUGAGGAUUGGUCAUCGAGCGAAAACAUGCAGAAGUCCACCGAAGUGCUUUCACUGUAAAAGCAAACACAAUUCAGCAUUGCACGAAGACCUAGUUAUGGAAGAGAAGCGAGGGGUACCUGCACUGCAAACGACGGUCAAUUCCGCGUCAGAUGAGAGAAAAAAUGUUCUUCUACAGACAGCACAGACGUAUGGCUUUGGUGCGGAUAGGAGCGAGAAACAGCUGGUGAACAUCCUGUUUGACUCAGGCAGUCAGAGAAGCUACAUUUCAGAAGAAACGGUGAAGAAGCUGGGGUUGAAGGUCGAGAAAACAGAGACCGUAUACUUGAACAUUUUCGGUUCAAAUAAAUAUGAGAAGAAAAGUUGUGAUAGGGUAACGGUAAAUCUAGAAGUAGGAGAUGAAAUAUUGACGUUAACCGUAUUAAGUUCCCCCCAUCUUUGUUUGCCAUUAAGUACACCAAUAGAUGUAAGUUGCUAUCCACAUUUGCAAGGUUUGCAACUCGCCGAUAGUUAUGCGACUUGCGAAAAGCGCAUAGAAUUAGUCAUUGGUGUAGAUUAUUAUUAUCGCAUAGUGCAAGGCGAAGUAAGAAAGGGCGGCAAUGGCCUUGUUGCAAUAAGUAGCAAACUCGGUUGGUUGCUUUGUGGACCUGUUGUUUGUAAUGAAGGUGAUAAAAGCUCUUUAAAUAAUGUGAUGAAUUUAAUUGUUGAUGUUUUACCUUCGAGAGACGAAAUUACAGAUGAUAGCAGAGAAAUCGUCGAAUCGCUGACGAAAUUUUGGAAGCACGAAUCCGCGGGUCUUUAUGAAACCGAGAAUCCUGAAGACAAGAAGACCGAUGAUGGAGGGGUGGAUAUCAACUUCAAGGAUGGUCGCUACACGAUCGAUGGAGGAAAGAGUACCUACUGGGGUUGUUGGAAACUUACAGGCCAAGAAACAGUAGUAAGACCAACCCUGACAUAAAAAUUGAUGAUAUUUGUAUCCUUAGGAAUGACCAAACGAAAAGAUCCUUUUGGAAACUUUGCCGAGUGUUAGAGCUGCUGGCAGGAACAGAUGGUUCAGUGCGAGCAGCCAGGGUAUUAGUAUUAUCACGGGAUGGCAGUAAGAAAGUUUUGAAUCGAAAUUUGAAAUAUCUUAUUCCGUUAGAAAUUCGAUGUCCUUAUUGGCAGAAAACCGAGUGUGCCGCUAAUGCAAACCAGGACACGCGAGCAAUGCCACCUCAAGAUAGUGCGCAGCAAACGCAACCUAGGCAAGGGCAACAAGCGCCUUCGCAACCACUGCAAGCUGUUACUAGGGCGAAGCGCAACGCUGCUAUUAUUGGAGAGUUGCAAAGGCAAGCUAGUAUGAAACGUAAAUGAAUAUAUUGUGAUUUGCAGUUAUGUGUCGAAAUUUAAUAGAUUGUAGUUGAUUUUGUAUUCGUAUUUAUAAGGAUGUUUGAUUACGCUGUAUAUCAAACCGGGGGAGUGUGUUGGAGCGAUCGAGUCCUGGGAAUAGGGUGGUGCCCAGUCUUUCUCCCGUCGACCACUGCGUUGACAUGUCUUUCGUGCUAAAUCGCUUCGGCACAUGACCUCAAAGUUAGUUAGUUGGCUAUUGCGGCUGAGUAUGUAGUAAGCACAAUUUUGUUAAGAAAAUCACAUACAUAAUCUCACAAAUGGAAUUUCUCUAUGCUCCGACCU